GAAGCUUCGGGUACACGUAACGGUCUUGGCUUGUUCUCAGCGAGCUUCGCCAUAUUUCACGAAGCCAUCGAGGAGUCACGCCAUUGUGCGCAUCGUGGAUUAGAGUUAUCAUCGAUUCAUCUCGAGCGUUUCUCGCAGUUGAGUGAAGUGCACUGAGUGUCGCGGCUCUCCUCGCCGAUCUCAUCGCCUGGCUGAGAGUUCGCUGCUCAACGGUUCGCUACUGCAACGGGGAUCGAAUACAUACUUGUGUACAAUAUGUACAGCGGCAACAUCGACCCCUGGGAGCCUGGCUAUGGGCCGGAAAGAAGAAGCCACAAUUCCGACUACGACUACCGUAGUGACUAUGGGAGCAACAGAUCUCCGGAAUACACAGAACACCGCGACGUCGACCAUCGCGAUAGAGACCAUCGUAGUCCGGAAUACAGAAACCACCGUGGAAGAGACAGGGACCGCGAGAGGGAUCGUUCGCGGGAUAGGAGAGAUCGUAGCAGAGAUGAGCGCGAUCGCAGCUAUAGAGACCGCGAGGAUCGUUACGGACGGCAACGUGAUAGAGACUCUGUGGAGAGGGACAGGGACAGGGAUAGGGACAGAGAUCGGGAUAGAGAUCGUUCUAGACGCGACAGGGAUCGGGAUCGGGAUAGGGAUCGGAGGGGGAAAUCGGAUCGGGAGCGGGAUCGAGAUCGCGAUGACGAUCAUAGCCGGGAAAGUUUGGACUUUGAGCACGACCAUGGUCGCGCUUAUAGCUCGUCCAUGGAGGGGAUCCACUACAAAUCGCAAUCUCCUAACAACACCAUAAUGAUACGUGGACUUGCUCAACACAUUACUGAGAAUGACGUGCGGCAAGACAUCCUCAACUGUGGUCUCAUGCCCAAGGACAUAAGGCUGAUUCGGAAAAAAGAUACAGGUGCUUCGCGAGGUUUUGCAUUCGUCGAGUUUAACGCGACUCAGGAGGCCGCACGGUGGAUGGAGAUGAAACAGGGAGUGCUGAUGCUGCAGGACCAAUAUCGCGCUCUGAUGCAGUACAGUAUACCGAAGGAGUGCCAUGUGGAUAAACCGCCGGCGAAGAACACUCAAGAUUGGCACUGCGUCAAGUGUGGAGCGCACAAUUUUAAGAGGCGCGAGACUUGCUUCAAAUGCUCCGCCUCGCGAGCGGAAAGCGAGGAAGGUGGGGAAGGUAGCGACGAGAUCAGUCCGCAUCCCACCAACACCGUGCUCCUGCGCGGGCUGGACGUAUUGACCACCGAGGACUCGGUUCUCCAGGCGAUGAAGAAUCUGUCGUCGAUGCCUAUACGCAGCAUUCGCAUCGGUCGCGAUUCCCUCACCAACACGUCCCGAGGCGUGUGCUACUUAGAAAUGGGCAACGUGGUGGACGCGAUGUAUCUGCACACCGCGCUCACGAAGCAAGGGCUGGUGGUGGACGGCAGGAAGGUGGAGAUCACUUACUGCAAGCUCCAUCAGAUCAACAACGCGAACGCGUGGAAGUCGAACGACGCCCAGCCGCAGAAAUACACGCUGGACGACGUCGCGCAAUUGGCCGAGUACAGCGCGAACUUGUACGCCACGACGCCCGUACAGAAGUCCCAAUACCUUCAGUAUUACACGCAGUACUAUCAGAAUCAGAUAAUGCAGGGCUCGGCGAUCACGCUGCCCUCUCUAAACCAGACGGACCGUGUGAACGCGGCGGCGGCGGUGGCGCAGUCGGCCAUACAGCAGCUGCAGGCCUCCAGGAAGUUGGGCGAAAACGACGACGUGAAGGGACGGCCAACGCCUACGGCGCCGUCCAGCACGACGUUAGCGAGCGGAAGGGUUCCCGCGCAUUCCAGCGACGGGAAAGUAUAUUGUGAGUCCCCGGAGAGUGAGACCGUACCGGACGUCAGCACUUACCAUUACGACGAAUCGUCCGGCUACUAUUACGAUCCCAGCACGGGAUUGUAUUAUGACCCGAAUUCGCAAUAUUAUUACAACAGCCACACGCAACAGUUUCUUUAUUGGGACGCCGAAUCGUUCUCGUACCAACCAGCCAAGACCACCGCGAGUACGACGCAAGGAGCUACGACCAGCACCACCAUAACGGCGACGGCGAGCAGCACGGAUUCCGCGAGUACCACCAACAAUCAGCCUACGACCUCGUCGGCCGCCAGCGCGACUCAAGAGGCGUCGAAAGAGGACGACAGCAAGAAGAAGGACAAACAGGACAAAGUGAAGGUAGCGAAGAAAAUAGCGAAGGACAUGGAGCGUUGGGCGAAGACCUUGAACCAGAAGAAAGAGAACGCGAAGAGCAAUUGGAACUCGGACUUUGCUGGCGCGGAUGGCAAUCAAGGUAUCGGGAGCGGCGCAGCGGACGCAGGCUACGCUAUUUUGGAAAAGAAAACCGUCGCGAAUCCUUAUCACGAGGACGAGGAUCAGAGCGGCAAUGGCUUGGUGGCUGCAUACGGCGGUGGUAGCGACACCGAAGAGGAGAUCGAGGAUGUGCAGCAGGAGGAGAAGCAGCACACAGACUGGAGCAAGCUGGCGUGUCUGCUUUGCAAACGGCAGUUCCCGAGCAAGGAGGCGUUGAUGCGGCACCAACAACUGUCCGAUCUGCACAAGCAGAAUCUGGAAAAUUGGUACCAGGUGCGCGGUCUGGAUCCCAACGAUCCGCAACAGAGGAACAACAAGUACAGAGAUCGCGCGAAGGAGAGGAGGGCGAAGUACGGCGAACCCGAGCCGCCGCAGCCUAACAAGCUGAAGGAGAAGUACUUGAAGACGAGAGUGGAGGAGAUGUCGGUGUCGUACGAGGAACCAACGAGAGCCGGCAUCGGGUCCGACAACGUCGGCAACAAGCUACUGCAGAAAAUGGGCUGGAGCGAAGGGAUGGGUUUAGGGAAGUCGAAUCAAGGUAGAACGAGUAUUAUCGAGGCCGAGAGACGCGUGCCCACGGCCGGCUUAGGAGCGAAGACUUCGUCGUACAGCGCGUUGCCGGGCGACACGUACAAGGAUUGCGUGAAAAAGAUGAUGUACGCACGGUAUCAAGAACUGUCCGAUACGUAAUACGGAUACACGAAGAUACACGGAAUAGAAAAGAUACAACGGUUAUGAUAGAUUUUAUAUAUGUACAUGCGUACAUAUAUAUGAAUAUAUAUAUAAAUAUACAUAUAAAUAUAUACAUACUCGAUUUUCCAUAGAUACGUAAUUUACACGCUCACAUUAUUAUUAUCAUAUGAUAAUGGUUACUGUAAUAGCUACUUACUGGUAACUGCACAAUGAUAGCCGAUUCUUGGGACUACAGAAGUAACCAUGCAGUUAUUUCUUAUAACCUCAUGCAGAAUUCUGUUUUCAUACGCUUCACACAUGGUGAUAUUUACGUAGAAUCCUAUAUAUUAAGAAAGUUCUUGAAAAAAAAAAUAUACAGGGUUCUCUCGUCAGAAUAGACACGCUAUUUCCUAAUUUUAUUUAUAUAACGUCAGAGUGUGCGUAUCGCUCGAAUUCAGUGAUAAGUAUCUAAUUUCCUUCGAGCUGGACCCGCCUAUGGCUUUUUUCGAAAGAUACACUUCCCAACGUUAGACACGGGAAGGAUAAAAAGCACUUGGGAGAUAAUAAGAGCGCCGUAUCAUUGUGCGAUGCAAUAAUUCUCUUGCCCAAGAAUAAACUAUGUACAGCUGAAUACCAGUGGUAAGAUCAAGCGAUUAUGGAUCCGAUCGUUUCAAUUGAUUCUUUUGAAUUCUGUGUGUGCGCAGAAUACGAGAUGUAAAUUAAAAAAAUAUCGCAUAAUGUUACAUAUUUGGUGACUUAAUAAACGGCUUAUACGGCGGAUUCUUAAAAGUACUAUGAGCGUGUCGUACACGUGGCAUAGAAAUACUCGGGCUUUCUUGAUAUAUUCUAAACAAAAUGAACCUUUUCUUCGCGAAAGUAUCGUUGUUGAUACAUUGAUUUCAUGUUUUUGUAAAAAAAAAGAAAAUAUUUGUCCUCUAUCUCUUCUUAUCUCGUACGUCUAAAUUCGUGUCAAGUACAUAUAUUUAUUACAUCGCAAUGAAAUCUUCUGGGUUUCAUUCCCUUUAUAGUUUGAAUAUACCAAGAGCUGGGUAUGAAGAUACAGAGCAAAUAUCCGUGUACUCACAGUUCUUUUUUUUUUAUCAUAUUUGUCUCAUUUCAAUGAUCGUACAUUACACUUAUCACUAUACAUACACAUCUCUAACAUCAUUCUUACAAUUUAUUGUUAUUUUUCUAAAGAGUCAUCGUAAAAGAAUCAUGUAUUAAAUAAGGAAUCGAGACAAAUUAAUAAAUGUACAUGUGGCAUUAUUGCUUGCAUAUUGCACGUGUAAUUUUUUUUAUACACAUUAAAUUUUCCAAACUUGCCUCGUUA